UACAGCUUUUUAUUCUCACACUGUAGAUUUUCCAGCAGAGACCCACAGGCUCUCCGGACGGAACCGAGUCUCUGCUUUUAAAACACACCCGGUAACAUUUUAUCACUUCACAGACUCGGCGCUGUUUUUCCAGCCGGAUCCGCUUUUAUUUCCAUAAAUUUUUUGGCCACUUUUCCCUUCUGCUCGGCUUGGAUUUUACAAAGGGCGUGUUUGGGAGUUUCAUCUCCUGUACUUGUGCGACUCUGAGGAAUGACAGCAACUGGAAAGGGUCUGCGAUCCGCCUGAAUGGAAACAAUGGAUUAUAAGGACCUCGGACAUAAUUUCGAGGAGAAACUGACACUAACAGACAAGACUCUGCCCCUGCAGACAGACUCCCAGUCCAUCCAGAAUGGGGACAAAUCUUUGGGGAAAGACCUCCUGACUCCAGAGGACUCAGCCGUCUCAGACCUUUCUCCCAAAACAGACUCCAGCUCCAAAACAGAGACCCCCGUUAAGACAGAUGCCUCCUCCAAGACAGACGCUCGGCCAUCCACGCCUGGCUCAAGCAGCAGCAGCCCUCAGCCCAAGAAAGACUCAGUGAGCUCGGAGCAAAGACAGAAGCUUGCGAAGGAGCGGAGGGAGGAAAGAGCCAGAUACAUCGCUGCAAAGAAGGCUCAGUGGCUGCAGAAGGAGGAGAAGGCCCGGCGUCUGAGGGAGAAUCAGCUGGAGGACCGCAGGAGGAAGCUGGAAGAGCAGCGGCUGAAGGCGGAGAAACGUCGAGCGCUGCUGGAGGAGAAACAGAGACAGAAGCUAGAAAAGAACAAGGAGAGAUAUGAGGCAGCUAUCAAGAGAUCGACCAAGAAGACUUGGGCCGAGAUCCGCCAGCAGAGGUGGUCCUGGGCAGGCGGACUAAACCAGACCUCCCGCAGAGAGACCCGCAGCCUGCGCCUCAGCCCGUGGGAGAGCCGGAUCGUGGAGCGGCUCAUGACGCCGACGCUGUCCUUCCUGGCCCGCAGCCGCAGCGCCGCCACCCUCCUCAACAACAGCGACUCUCACUCUCACCACUGCUCCCGUUCAGCCUCGGCCAGCCCGCUGAACGCCUGCUCCCAUCAUCACCCGCACCAGAACACCGCAGAGCGCUGGAGGGUCUCCUCGGCCAGCACGCCGGACAUCACCCAGCGCCAACGCCGCCGAAACUCCACCCCGGUGGAUAAAAAGAAGAAAGAGAAGAAGGACAAAGAGCGAGAGAAUGAAAAAGAGAAGAGCGCUCUCACAAAAGAGAAAGUGCAGAAGAAAAGACAGACGGCAUCGCCUACGACCACGAUCCAGAGAUCCAGGCCAGAGACCAGCACCCUGAGGCCCAAAAACAGACCUCCGUCACCUGCCGCCCCCAAAAGUCGCCCCCUGUCCCCGCUGGUGCCAGCAACAGGUGCCGCGAAGACCGCCUCGGGCAAGAAAACGCCUCCUCCUCCCGGCAUCAAGACCCGACCGAAACGGGCCCAGACGCCUGCCAGAGUGCAGCCCCAGGCGGUUUCUGCUGUCACCGUGGAAACGGGCCACGAACCCCAGCAGCCCGACACUUCAGAGGAGAAAAAGAGUGAGUCCCCGGGUAACGUUCCUGCCAUCGUGGUGUCCUCCGCACCGGCCACUCCUCUUUCUCCCGGCCCGCCGGUCGUAUCAGCAGCGUCUCCAACUGUACCGAGCGUAGAACCUGCGGCGACCACCGUCAGCAAUCCCGCUCCUUCUCCUGCACCUGCUGCCGCCUCCACCCCGGCCGCACCGGCCAGCAGCAGGCCGUCGGCAGGCACUAACGACCCAGAGGAGGCCGCUCGCGUCCUCGCAGAGAAACGCAGACAAGCCCGAGAGCAACGGGAGAGAGAGGAGCAGGAGCGUCUGGAGCAGGAGCAAAAGAAGAAGAUCCUGCAGGAGGAGGCAAGGGCCCGGGAGGCAGAGGAGAGGAAGCGCAGGGAGGAGGAGGCUCGCUUCAUGGCCGAGCAGCAGCGCCUGAGAGACGAAGCCAGGAGAGCUCAGGAGGAGAAGGAGGCGCAGGAGAGAGCGAAGGUCGAGCAGGAGGAGAACGAGAGGCUGCAGAGACAGAGGGAGGAAGCUGAAGCAAAAGCCCGCGAGGAGGCCGAGCGUCAGCGCAUAGAGAGGGAGAAGCACUUCCAGAAAGAAGAGCAGGAGCGCCUGGAGAGGAAGAAGCGCCUCGAGGAGAUCAUGAAGAGGACUCGGAAGAGCGAUGCGGGAGAUAAGAAGGAUGUCAAAGCGUCUCCUCAGGUCAACGGAAAGGACGCAGAGCCGAGUAAAGCUCCUGGAAACCUGCAGGCCCCCAGUGCAUCGGUGCUCAACCCAGCACAAAACGUUUCCAGCCCUGUUGUUGUAAACGGCGUCCAGCCCUCCGUGCACCAAAACGGCGUCUCAGCCAACGGCACUGACUUCGAGGAGAUCAUUCAACUGAACAACAGUGGCGGCAGCAGUAACCCCAGCCAGCAGCAGAGCGGGCUGGUGAGUGAGCCGAUCAUGGCGUUCGAGGGAGGAGAGCCCUUCUUGAUGAAAACAGGCCCCAUGAAGCCUCAGCAUGUCGCAGAGGUCCUGUGAGUCGCCACACAUCCACGAAGACGCGCCUUUCGUCUCUGCUUGAGCUACGAGAUUCAUGCCACACCACAGCGGCUUAUAAAACAGCGUGCCAAACAAAACAACCAGCGUUCACCUGCGCUGAAUCCACAUCCACGGUAUCCACAGCGGCGGGACAGCAAGGAGGAGCAGAACUGGCUGGGGAAAACAAAACAAACUCAUCUGAAACAUUUAAAAAACCAUAAAAAGCUUAAGUAUUCUCUGUCUUCACCGCGUGUUCUGGUGCAGCAUUUUUGUCAAGUUUUACCGAAACGUCACAUGCAGAUUUUAUGGUGCACCUUAAAGAUGACUGACUGUGUAACAAAUUUUAGAAAAUGCAGUAUAAAAUCCUGGAAAUACAUAAUAUUUGACAAUGGUUGUUAUUAUUACCGUCGCUAUGAUAUUGUUAUUGUUACCUUAAGUUGAGCAUUGUGUGUGUGCGUGUGUGUUUUGCUGUUUUUGUCUUGAAUUAUUGAGUUAUUUAACACGGGGAGCAUCGGUAAGGACUGGCCACAGUGUAUGUAAAUGAAUAAUGAGCCCGGCUGCCUCGGCCUCCUGUUACGGGGGAUCUGUGAAAUAAAGCUUUAUGAAAGGGA